AAAACCAAAAAAAGCGAUGCAAAUUUGCAUAAACAAUGCAUUAAUCGCAACGCAUUAUUAACUAUGAUUAUUGAUGACUACGACAGCUGCGUUGUUAAUUCUUUGUUGUUGUGUUGUUUUGUGUCUGUGUGAACCGCAAAUAUUGUGAAAUUGCAGAAAUCAAAUGCCGAUAUGCAAAUUAAGUAAAUUAAAAUUACAACAAUCAAUAAUAGUAAGCCGUCAAAUUAAUCAAAAAGAAAAGUGCAAAAUCUGUGUGAAAAUGGUGAAGAACAAUAAUAACUUGGACCUGAAACCGCUCAGCAACGGGCAUGCUCUGCUUCAGAAUGGCCACGCAGGAGGCGUGCCCACGCCCACAGCUCCUGCAGUUGGCUGGCGCCAAACGCUUUGGAAUAGCUGGGAUGCCUUCGCGGACGUUGCAUGGUUCAUCAUCACCUGCAUAGGCUACAUACUCCAGGACCUCUAUUAUAUUGCCUUUGGCUAUCCUGAGAAGGAACUCAACACGGACAUUGCCUUAAUCACAGGUGGCGGCAAUGGACUUGGUCGUCUGCUGGCCGAAAGACUCGGCAAAAUGGGCACCAAAGUCAUCAUCUGGGACAUUAACAAAAAGGGCAUUGCGGAGACCUGUGAAAUUGUUGAAGAGGCGGGCGGCUACUGCAAAGGCUACGUGGUGGACAUAUCAAAGAAGGAAGAGGUCUACAAAGCAGCCGAUGUCAUCAGAGAAGAAGUCGGUGAUGUUACACUGCUGAUCAACAACGCUGGCGUUGUGUCUGGCCUGCAUCUGUUGGAUACUCCGGACCAUCUGAUCGAGCGUUCGUUCAAUGUGAAUGUUAUGGCACACUUUUGGACCACAAAAGCAUUCUUGCCCAAAAUGAUCGAGAAAGAACGAGGACACAUCGCGACGAUCGCUUCACUUGCUGGCCAUGUUGGCAUUAGCAAAUUGGUCGAUUAUUGUGCCAGUAAAUUUGCAGCGGUUGGCUUUGAUGAGGCGCUGCGUCUGGAGCUUGAAGUCCUUGGACACACGAACAUCCAAACCACCUGCAUUUGUCCCUUCUUCAUCCAGGCAACUGGAAUGUUCGAUGAUGUGAAUGCCAGAUGGGUGCCCACAUUGAAUCCCAACGAUGUGGCCGAUCGUGUCAUUUCGGCGAUUAAGAAGAACGAGAAACUUGCGGUUAUCCCUGGUUUCCUCAAGUUCCUGCUGUCGCUCAAGUGGACCUUCCCCUGGGGUUGUGUGGGCGGCUUGUUGCGUCGCCUUGUGCCCGAUGCCUCACCCCAUGGUCUGCCUAGCUCACAAGCGAGCGCCAGCGCCACAAUCGUCAGUUGCAAUGGCAAUGGCAGUGGCAAGGUAAAUGGCAGCAUCAUUUCCUCCACCACCGCCGCGGACAUGGCCGCCCUCGAUGCGCAACUGAGCAGCGCCAGCGUCACGUUGCCGGCCAAAUCACCCUCGAUGCUCAUCCAGCGGACACCGUCACUGGGGGAGCGGGUGCUUUGAGCACACACACACACACCGAGCGAAUGCCCCCCCUCUGCCUGCCUCUUCUACACUUUUUUUUGCAUUUUACGAGUUAUGUGUGUGUAAUUGAAUUUGUGUUUUUGGCAUUUUUCCUCCUCUUCUCUCUGUAU